AUGUCCUGUGGCACUAGCGUCAACACGAAAAGAACAAGGUAUGAAGAUUUCAAUCCGAUAGAGGAUGGUGAUAAUUGUGAGUCCCCUUUGAAAAAAUGCAGUAAACGCUUCCAGAAAUGGUCACUAUCCAUUGCAACUCCACAGUCGUCUCCUGUGAAGACGUUUGCCUUGAAAAGAAAAUCAAAAUCACUAGAUGAAGAAUUGAUUAUUGGAUCUCCAGUAAAAUUUGGAUGUGACACCAAUGUACUUAAUGCUGAAUUCCAAGGUUUGACUUUAGAAAAUUCCUUAUCUGUGUCAGAAGCUUCUAGCAACCAUGCCAAUCUUACAAGUCCUGUAUUCUGUAUUCCAGAACUAUUGCAUCGCAUAUUCAAGCUCUUGAACCCUGAGUCUCUCUACAAUUGCUCGAAAGUUAAUCCUUUAUGGGCUGCAGUUGCGUCAAGAAUUAUUAACCAAGACUUGGUAAUCCAGCCACAUUCAAUAUCAGGAGAUUUGAGGAUUGUCGAACAAGAUAACAUGGUUCAUCCACAGAGUUUAACUUUUUAUAAGUUAAAGCAACAAAAACUAUUCAUUGAUACACAAUUCCCGCAUAUUAAUUUUUCGAGGCUUAACUCACUUAAUUUCUACAUUAGCCCAGUAAUACCAAUGGUCUUUGACAAACUCGUCGUCCCAAACAAUGUCACAAAACUGACUAUAGCUGGGGAUAAGAGAAUUUCCGAUAUCGAAUUGAUCACGUUGAUUAAGGGACUGCCAAAUUUGAUAGAAUUAGACCUACGUGCAUGCUCUCAGAUCAGUGACGUGUCUAUAGUGUCAAUUGUCACGCAUUGUCCUAAAUUACAAAGUAUAAACCUGGGCAGACAUGACAAUCCCCACCUAAUCACAGACUUGACAGUCAUGGCACUAUGCGAGCUAGAAAACCUAACCACUGUAGGACUUUCUGGUUGCACCAAUAUUUCGGAUGUGUCGAUAUGGCAAUUGUAUAACAAGCAUUCAACAACGCUGGUCCGUUUGUCUAUAAAUGGGUGCAAGCAAAUAACAGAUAACAGCAUCGUCGAUAUCGUUACGAAAAAUGGAUUCCCCAAUUUAUCUGUAUUGGACAUUCGAAACUGCUCUCUAAUAAGAUUCAAAAGACUGAUAGAAUAUAGGCUCUGGAGAUAUGAAGUAGCAGAAAAACCAAUUCAUAUACAUAUUAGUGACUCCAUGCAACAGGAAUUUGAAUUGCAAGAGCGUCAACUCUAUAAGGAAUUCAGGGCUCGCAUCAGAAAUGAUUUGAACAAGUGGGUUAAUGAAUAA